AUGUUAUGCUCGGAGAAUGAGCCAUUUUUAUAUGAGCGUUCUCCUGAAUAUCUUAUCAAUAAUCAUUUUUUCGAGAUUAGACCAACAAAUGAUGCUUUUUCUCUUGACAUUAAGCCUAUAGACUGUCCUGAUGGUUAUACAUUAAAGCAAUUGUUUUUACUUGCUAGACAUGGAUCAAGAUUACCGAAAAUAGAACAGGUUCAAUAUUUUGAUAAAAUUGAUAAAGCAUUUGCAAAUGCUUCUGUAGCAAAAGAUUGGCCUAAAAAUCCUUUCACCGUAGAACAAAAUUUUCGAUUAACUACAAGAGGUAAAAUCGAACCUUAUUUCCUAGGUCUACAAUCUCUUAAAAGAUACGAAAAAUUUUGGAAGAAUGUUGAAUAUGAUGCUGAUGUCGGAUUAUUUGAUGGAACUGGCCCUAUAGGCACUUGUAAAAAUGAGCCUGUAUUUAUAUGGUCUUUACCUCAGGGUCAUGAUUAUAUUUUAGAAAUGUAUAAUGCUUGUCCACUUUGGAACCAUACAAUUGGAAAUAACUUUACUCUUUAUACAGAGCAAACUUAUUCUUACGGUAAUAAGACUUUAGCUCCUAUAGCCGAAAGAUUGACCAAAAAAUACAAUAUCAAUCCACCUCUUGAUCCGAAUUUAAUACCAUAUUUAUUUUAUUAUUGUGAGUUCUAUGUCCUUCAAUUUAAUCGAACUGACACUUGGUGUGGAUUGCUAAGUGAUGAUGAUCUUACAUUUGGCCGAUAUUAUUGGAAUAUGAGAGAUUAUUAUCAAUAUUCAUAUGGGAAUCCUUUUAAUGAGAAAUUGGGAUGUGCCUACAUUACACAAUUUGUAAAUAGCGUUGAGGAUUACUUAAACGGGAAAUCUCGGAUGGUAGCCGAUAUAAAAUUUGGCCAUGGAUUUAAUAUGCAAGUUGUAUUUGCUACAUUGGGUGUAUUUAAAAACGAUUAUCCACUUACAGCAGAUUUGACUCUUGAACAAAUUAAAAACUUAAAAUAUAUAGAACAAAAAGUCCUAUAUUGGUCUUCUACUGCAUACUUUGAAAUUUAUACUUCUUCAGGCAAAGAUACAUUAUUUCGACUUGUAGUUAAUUCUGAACCAUAUAUAAUUCCGGGUUGUGGUGAAUAUUGUGAAUGGAGUAAGUUUAAGGAUAUUUUGAGUAGUAAGAUUAAUUGUGAUUUUGAGAAGUUAUGUGCUUACCCUUAG